UUCUCGUCUUUACCACUCAAACUAAAUUCUCUUGCCUCGACUUCUCUCUUGUAUGUAUCACAAUAACAACAAUGCCAUACAAUCAAUAAAAAUCUCUGUCCAAAUCACCUUCCUAUAUUAUUCCAAAAUUCUCAAAGCAAAGAAUCACACAAAUUUUCAAAAUCACUUUUUUCUUUUCCUUUUUAUGUUUCACUAAUUUCCAAGAUCACUUUUUUUUUCCUACCUCCUUUGUGUUUUUAUUAUACAUAAUUCGUGAAAAUUAGCUUCAAAAAUUUUCAAGAUUACCCUUUUUUUCCUAUCCCCUUUGUGUUAUUUUCUUGAAAAAUAGCUUCAAAAAUUUUCAAGAUCACUUUUUUUUCACACCCCUUUGUGUUAUUUUCUUGAAAAAUAGCUUAAAAUUUUCAAGAUUGUCUUUUUUGGCUACCCCUUUGUGUUAUUUUGUUGAAAAAUAGCUUAAAAUUUUGAAGAUUGCCUUUUUUUCCCACCCCAUUUGUGUUAUUUUGUUGAAAAAUGGCUUCAGAAAUUUUCUCAAAGGUGAAGAGUGAAGGGGGGUCAUCAGAGAGUGGUAGUUCAGAGAGUGGAGCUGAUGAAAGAGGUGGAAAUAAUGAUGCUUUUGAGUAUUUUGGUUGGGUUUAUCAUUUGGGUGUUAAUUCAAUUGGACAUGAGUAUUGUCAUUUGAGAUUCUUGUAUAUACGUGGCAAGUAUAUGGAAAUGUAUAAGAGAGAUCCACAUGAAAAUCCUGGCACUAAACCAAUAAGGAGGGGUGUUAUAAAUCACACGCUUAUGGUGGAGGAAGUAGGUCGUCGAAGAGUUAACCAUGGGGAUGUCUUUGUGUUGAGGUUUUACAAUCGAUUGGACGAGUCAAAAAGGGGUGAAAUUGCUUGUGCUUCGUCUGGUGAAGUCCGGAAAUGGAUGGAAGCCUUUGAUCGAGCAAAACAACAGGCAGAUUAUGACCUUUCAAGAGGUCAAAGCACACGAGAUAAACUGAAGUUAGAGAGCGAGAUUAAUCUUUCUGGACAUCGACCUAGAGUACGGCGGUAUGCACAUGGCUUGAAGCAGCUGAUAAGAAUAGGACAAGGUCCCGAGAAACUUUUGCGUCAAGCCUCAAAAUUAAGUAACAGUGAAUCAGAGGUGUACUAUGAAGCAGAUGGUGCAGAUGUAAUUGAAGCACAUCAGUGGAAAUGUGUUCGUACUCUUGAUGGUGUUCGGAUAUUUGAAGAUAUGGCAAACAAGAAGACCGGUAAAGGAGUUCUUGUCAAGGCUGUUGCUGUUGUUGAAGCUAGUGCAGAUACUGUCUUUGACGUGCUUUUGAGUCUUGAUCGACGUCGGAGAUAUGAGUGGGAUACGUUAACAGGGGACGUGGAGUUGAUAGAAUCUUUGGACGGUCACUGUGAUGUUGUUUAUGGGACACUAGAUCUCAGAAAACUUUCUUGGUGGCAAUCUAAAAGAGAUUUUGUCUUUUCUCGGAGGUGGUUUCAUGGUCAAGAUGGAACAUAUACAAUCUUGCAUUUCCCAACAGAAUACAAGAAGCGGCCACCAAAAAGUGGAUAUCGACGUAUAAAAAUGAUCGCUUGUUCUUGGGAGAUCAGCAAUAUAAGCACUUCCUCCUCAUUAAAUCCUGCCAGAUGCCUUGUGACACUGAUUCUGGAGAUACGUUCAAAGGGAUGGUUUAAAUGGAAGAAUAAUGAGUUCUCUAAAUUUGAGAGAACACUUCCUUUUGGAAUGUUGAGUCAAGUGGCAGGUCUGAAGGAAUAUAUUGGAGCAAAUCCGGCACUUACAAUGGAAUCAUCCGCUGUAGUUGUUCAUUCAAAAACAUCUGGUGUUUCUAUGUCAAGCACUGAGCUUGAGGAUGCAAUGGGGUCAGAUGAAUUCUAUGAUGCAAUAGGUGCCGCCGAUUCGUCAUCAUCAGAUGAUGAUAGUGAUGAUGAAGUAUCUAGUAAGCAGGACAGCAAGGUCAAGCUAAAAAACGUUUCAUGGGCCAUAGCAAGCUUGGCCUUAAAGAGGACAUCGGCACCAGACACUAGUAAGGAACUGAACCCCGAUGUACCUCCAUUAACUCUUGAUACAAGUCAGUUUCAUGGUACCAUGCGGCAUGGGAAGGGUGAGGGCGACUCUGAUUGCUGGUCUUCGCCAAGUGGUUCUGGUUUUAUGAUCAGAGGGAAGACAUACUUGAAAGACAGUACGAAGGUUACUGGUGGAGAACCCCUGCUCAAGCUUAUUGCUGUUGACUGGUUCAAGGUGGACGAAUGCAUCACAAAUGUUGCUCUUCAUCCUAAGUGUCUUGUCCAGUCUGAAGCAGGGAAGAAAAUUCCAUUCAUCCUCGUAAUUAACCUCAUGGUUCCAGCGAAACCAAAUUACAGCCUGGUUCUUUAUUAUGCUGCUGAUAGACCUGUAAAUAAGGAUUCAUUGUUGUGUAAAUUCAUUAAUGGAACCGACUCUUUCCGUGAUUCAAGAUUCAAAUUGAUUCCAAGCAUUAUUGAGGGAUACUGGAUGGUUAAGCGUGCCGUUGGAACCAAAGCUUGCUUAUUGGGGAAGGCAGUAACGUGCAAGUACCUUCGACAAGAUAACUUUCUGGAGAUUGAUGUGGACAUCGGUUCAUCAUCCGUGGCAAGAGGUGUUAUUGGUCUUGUGCUGGGCUAUGUGACAAGCCUUGUCGUUGAUCUUGCUAUUCUAAUCGAGGCAAAAGAAGAGGCUGAACUCCCUGAAUACAUUCUUGGAACUGUUAGAUUAAAUCGCGUGAAAGUCGACUCCGCUGUAUCAUUGGAGGGUUGAUGAUUCUUUCGUAAGUAAGUAAGUGCCGUUAUCGCAGCCUUGAAAUCAAAGAUAGGGAAAUCAUUAUUAGUAUUAUUAACAUUACCAAAUUCAAAAAAAAAUAAAAAAAUCAUUAUUAGUAUUAUUAUUAUUAUUUUGUGUACUAAUAUGAUAUCCCCACUUGUCUGGGACUGAGGCAUAGUCGCUGUAUUAUAUCGAUAUACCCGAAAACAGCACAGAAUCAAAUGUUGUACUGAAGAUACCUAUUUCUUGAAACAUAAGUUGUAACUCAGAUGAAUUUUGGUGUGAAUACUAAAAAUCCAUGUACUUUUUGUGACA